AUGUCAACCCCCCUUCUCCAUACGCACUACCCGAUAGAAAAUACCGCCUGUCUUGGAUUUUGGGGCUCUUGUAUAUCAAGCUUGGUGCGCGAAUUAGCACAGGUCUCUACGAAGGUCAUCGCCCUGCGGCACGCUGUUCGCGCCGUCCUUCGGCGUGGUUGGCUUGACCCCGACGCUGGCGUUUUGACACGGGCUUUCGUCAUCCCCGGCCUGUUUGUCGGCGGGCUCGCCCUCUUUGGCCCUGCCUACGGUGCCAGCCUUCUCGAGGCUCGUGGCAUGCUUGGCUCUCCCGGCCCGGCGCCACACGAGCUCAAGAUGGUGUACCGCCUCGCAUACCCGGCGGCUGCCUUCAGUGCGCUGGCGGCGGUUCUGUUGUGGAGUGUGCUCGGUGUAUUCCACUCAUGGAAGGUGAGAAUACGGGACGAGGCGUAUCUCAUUGGAGAAAGGCUACACAACUUCGGCAUGGGCACCGUUGGGGCCACUGCUGGGAGAGCGCAGUGGCGCGGAGCAAGGGAUGUGAUGCGUCGACGAGAUCAUGACCAUAUGCCGAACGAUUUUAAGCUAGUCCAGACAGCAAGUUUGACAGCGAAUGUAAUUUUAUGCGUCUGA